UUUCAUGGUGACGUAUCGGUAUUUCUAUACGUAUGUGGAACAGAGUAAUUUUAACAAAAACAGUGAUCUUUUCUACUACUGAGAAUCUGAAAAAAGAGAGAAGCACUGUCUUUUCUCCAGGAUAAAAUUUUGUUUCCUGACAAUACAAAAAAUUAAUUUCAGCAUCUAGGUUCGUGAAUAUGAAAAUAGGCAUUGUGACUUUCUGUCUUUUAUGUUGCUGCUUUGAAGCUUUGCAUGGUGUUAACCAGUGUUCAUCCAUUUCAUCCUGCACUACCUCUUGCACAGAGAAUAUCAUGAACCACCCUCAGCAAACAGAUGAAUUUCCAAGAGAAAAUUUUACUUUGAAUUGUCCUUUGCCCAGCAACGUGAAAGGUUUCUAUAUGAGGCUGUAUAAGGGUUCAAGCAACCAAGAACUUUGUUCUGUUUAUGUAGACAAUGGAAAAAACAGUUCUGAAAGAACAAAUGAAUCCUGUGAACCAAUCCAUUCAAAUGAAAAAAUAUUAUUCACCCUCAGAAAUUUAAGCAGCAAGAAUAGUGAUACUUAUAUCUGUUGCCUAGAAGUUCUUACUCCAGUCUAUCGGUGUUGCAAAGCAAAUGAAAAACAUCUUUACGUCCAAGAUUCAGAAAAAUCUUGCUGGCUAUCGGAACUUAUGUCAUGGAUACUUAUUGGGCUCACAGUUUUUUUAUUUGUUGCUUGCAUCUUUUCUUCAAUAAUGUGUUUUAGAAGUGCGAUUUGCCAAUGUGCCAACACUUAUGAUAACAACACUGAAUACAUGUCCAUGGCGGCAGUAAAACCUAGAUGAAAAUGCAGCAUCCAGAGGUAAUACAUAAAGUGGGUUCCAUGAAGCAGUGGGGUCAGAUUUGAUCCUGGACUUCAUUUCCUUUCAAGGGGUUGGUUUUCUCUCCUUGCUCAUCUCUUCCUUCUGAACAGCCAGCUUUGAUAUCAUCAGAAAAACUCCUAAAGCAAGAAACUACUUUGAAUGAUUGCAGAGGAGCAAUGCAACACAACACCUUGAUGCCAUCAAGAUUCUUCUCCACUUGUUAAUUUUGCAUUCCUCCGUAAUGUCAGUUAUAGAUACUAAGACUACCUUGUCCACUGUUAUUUAUGUUAUGAAUCAAAGACUCAAGGAUUAAUGGAAAUCUGGAAUAUUAUAUUGGGACAAUCUUUUUUUAAAAAUUAAAAUAAUUUUAUAACAUUCAGAGUUUGGGUUUUCUGUAUGAAUUUCUGGAUAAGACAGGGAGCAUAAGAUGUAAGAAACUUCCACCCUUUUCCAGUGUUGAGUUUUGGCCUCAGACUUAGUUGUUUAUCUUAGCUAUUCUUUAUAGAGUAAACACCUAGAAUAUAUUUUUCAGUCAUGAGUGACUGUAACUUCAUUAAAAUUGAGACAUUAAGCUUUUAGUCAGAUUUUCUUUGAUUUUGCUUUAACCAGCAACUAAGAGAAUCUACUUCAAUGAAGUACAAAUAGAAUGGCUGAAAUAGUUAUUCAGUGCAGACAUGAAUGAAAAAAUUCAUUUGUUACCUACACUAUUGCAAAUAAUGAAUAUGAUUUCCCCCUUUCAGCCUGUUAACUAGCAGUAGAUUAACUGAUCUUUCACUAUGCAGCUUCAUGAAAACUAGUAUGGUGAUAUAGUUGUAGUAAGAUAACUUGUGUUCAAUAAACAAAGUUUUGGGCCAAAUGUGAGGAUGAAAUUUGGCAAAUUAGGCAAAUUUCUAAUUUUUUGUAUUGAGGAGAAAAAAAUGCCAGACAAAACAUGGGUAAUGAUCAUAGCAAUGUUUUAUAUUAAAACAUAUGACAGAACAGCUGUUUGUUUAUCUGAUAUUAUAAGUUAUAUAUUACCUUGCUAUAACCUGU